AUGGGUUGCUGCACCGACAAGUGCAAGCCCAGGAAGCCGAAUUUCGCCACCGCCGCAGAAGAAUUCCGCCAUGUCCAGGACAAGCUUGUCGUCUCCCAACAACCUCCCAUCGCCAGAACUCCACCAAUCUUCCACUAUCACCACCAUCCAUCCAACAAAAACUCCCCCAUCUUCCUUCUUCUUCUUCUUCCUCUUCUUCUUCCGUUUCGCUUCCUUCAUUCAGCCGCAGCCUCCGUCGCGGAAGCCUCAACUCCACUACUACCACCAACAAUAGUUGUAGGAGUGAUCUAUUUGAAUUCCUUCAAGGAUUGCGCCAAUAAGCUGCCAGAGUCCCCUGUUCCGAUUUUGAAACAAGGGAAGAGACAGAGUGUAAAGGGAUGCUCAAUCGCAACGCCGCAAUUAUCAAAAUAA